CAACAUUUACAUUUCUGGGCCCUGAAAGAACCAGAAAACUACAAGAACAUCCACCAAGCAGCCCUGGAAGAAGACAGUUCUACAUUGAAGAAAAUUGGGAAGUAGAUAAUCAGUCUUGCAGUUCACUGGUUCAUACUCACCAACAUGGCUAUUCAUCUCAGAAUUCUUCUCAUCCUCACUGGACUCACAGGAAUUUGCAGUGUAACUACAGUCCAUAAAGUGUCAGUGAAGGCUGGAGGUUCAAUCAUUAUCCCGUGUCUUUAUGCGUCACAAUACGUGAACCAUGUGAAAUACUUGUGUAAAGGAUAUUAUUGGAACUCCUGCUCCAAUACAGUUCAAACAAACCAAGUACGUAGUUCAGGAAAGUAUUCAAUCAAUGAUGACAAAACCCAAAGAAUCUUCAGAGUGACUAUAAAAGAUCUGACGCAUGAGGACACUGAUUACUGGUGUAUUGUGGAGAUUAUUGGAGGGCCAGAUGACGGACAAUAUUUUCGCCUGUCAGUCACUACAGGUACAGCCACUCUUUAUGUGGAUAAUCAAGAGAUUAUAGGAUUUAAGGGAGAUCAAAUAACCAUCACUUGUUACUGUAGUAACUGUCGACAAGUUCAGUGGUGCAGGCUGGGCGGGAGUUGUGUGAGCGGGCCAAAUGGAUCAAUAGAUGGAACAAAGGUGACCAUCAGUGAGAAGGCCAGCGGUGCUUUCAAUGUGACUAUGAAUGGACUGAUGACAAAGAGCAGUGGCUGGUAUCUGUGUGUUAAAGAUGACUUACAGAUGCCAGUGCAUGUCACUGUUACUGAGAAACCUACCACUACCACCACACUUGCAACAUCCACCUUGUCAUCCACUCCUAAAGACACACACGUUCUUGAAGAGAGAUCCAGAACUUCAACUGACCUAAAGAGUCUCAUCAUCCCUCUGAGUUUGUUGAUCUUCAUUGUCAUGAUGACUUUGCUCAUCUGGUAUAUGCUAAAAAAGCACAAGCAAAGCAAUGCGGGACCAUCACAUAUGACGACGGCUGACAUGGAGGCAAUAUACUGUAAUACUGGGUACAUGAGAAAAACUUCACAGCAGAGAUCACAUGCUGAAAGUGAUGUGGACGUGACAUACAGCUCUGUAGUUACCAUAAAACAGAAACCAGGAAGAAAGGCCAAAGCACAAGAUAAUGAUGUUACGUACAGCACACUGGCUCAGCUUAACCAAAAUAUUUAAAUAUUUGUCUGUUAAUUUUUUUCUGUCAAAAAAAAAGUUUUUUGUUUGUUUUUUGUUGUUGUUGUUGUUUUCCCAGACAGUUUUGCAACUCUAUUAUUAGUUAUUGUUAGGUUGUCUUGUAACUUCUUUAUUUUAUUUUAAUUUUAAUUAUUUUAAUUUGAUUGCAUUUUAUUUUUACCCUCCUAUACAUAGCUGCAAAGCAUUGACCUGUUUGCAAGACCAACAAGACCACUGACAACAUAGACUAUAUCUUGGCUUAAGGCAUAAAGCUUACAUUAAUGAAUGAUCCUUACUAUUUUCAGUAUGUUUAGGAGCUCACAUUGUAUAUUUUAAAAAAUGUAUUCAAUUUGUGAACUUG